AUGGAGGCAGGUCCUGAGUCUAAAGUCUUUACAGCUUUUUCUACCGCUAUUUUUAAUGAGAAUGCUCGCAUUCCAAUGCUUUCUGGUGACAAUUAUGCUGAAUGGAAGGAGAAAGUCCUUCUCACUUUAGGGUUGUCGGAUUUGGAUCUGGCACUACGUGGGAGCAUUAGAGGCUCUAUCUCUAAUAGCGAUAAGUUCAAAGCUUACAUGAAGGUAAUUGGUGAACAAUUUGUAAGUUCUAACAAGGCAUUAGCCAGCACCCUUAUGAAGAGGCUCUCGAGUAUGACUUUUGAUAGAAGUCGUACAAUGCGUGAGCAUAUUAUGGAGAUGAGAGACAUUGCUACUAAACACAAGUCCCUUGAGGUUGAUAUGUUCAAACCAUUUUUUAUGGAUUUCAUUCUCAAAUCACUUCCUGCGGAAUAUGGUCCAUUUAAGAUUUCUUACAACACAAAUAAGGAUAAAUAG